AUGCCUCACCCACUUACCGCCAAGUAUGACUGGAUCCUGGCCAUCACCUCGAUGGCCUUUGUCUUCAGCUGUGCCAGUAACGGUGCCAACGAUGUCGCCAACGCCUACGCCACUUCCGUCGCCGCCCGCACUCUCAAGAUGUGGCACGUCGGCAUCCUCGCCGUCAUCACCGAGUUCAUUGGCGCCGUUGCCCUCGGCGACCGCGUCACCGACACCAUCAAGUCCGGCAUCAUCACCCCCGACCGCUUCAUCGGCAACCCCGGCACCUACAUGCUUGCCAUGGGUUGUGCGGAGGUUGGUUCCGCCGCCUGGCUGACGACCGCGACCUUCCUCGGCUGGCCCGUCUCCACAACACAGAGUAUCAUCGGCGCGCUCGUCGGCGUCGGCUUCGCAACCCAAGCCGACAUCACCUGGGAAUGGACAGGCGGGAGCGUCUCCCAAACCGCCGCAUCCUGGGGCGUCUCGCCCGCCAUCGCCUGCGGGUUCUCCGCCAUCAUCUUCGGAACGCUCAAGUACUCCGUCCUCGAGCGCGACGACCCCUUCAAAUGGGCCCUCCGCCUGAUCCCCUGGUACAUCGCACUAACAGGCGGCAUCCUCGCCCUCUUCAUCACAAUCGAAGCGCCCACCGCGCCCUCGCUCGAAGAAUUCGGCGCCGGAAAAGCCACGGGCAUCGUCCUGGGCUGCUUCUUCGGCUGCCUGUUCCUCGGCUACGUCUUCUUCAUGCCGUACUUCCACCGCCGCCUCGUCAAGCGCGACCCCCGCGUCCGCUUCUACCACAUCCCGCUGGGCCCGCUCCUCUGGACCGAAAACCCACCCCUCUACUACCCCCGCACCGGCGAGUGGUCGAUAACAAACCACUACGAAGACGCAUACGGGGUCGUCCGCGCCGGCGGAGCCGAGACACACCCGACCUCCCAAUCCACCGUCCCAGGCUCCACCGACGGCAAUCUUAAGGAAGCAAAAGACACGGACGUCGAGCGCGACCCAGCCAGCCUAACCUCCAGCCCGGAAAUCGCGCCCAAGACCCGCCCCAUCGAGCCGCACGAGCGCUUCCUCGACCCCGUCCGCGCCCUCUCCUGGUCCAACCCGCGCAAGUGGCUGGGGUACGCCAAAUUCGGGCUCCUGCAGGGCGUCACCCGCGACGUCAUCACGCACGACUCCCAGGCCCUCCGCGACAUCCACGCGCGCGCGCGCCGCUACGACGACCGCGUCGAGCACAUGUGGACGUACUGCCAGGUGAUCUCGGCCAUGAUGAUGAGCAUCGCGCACGGGUCGAACGAUGUCGCGAAUGCGGUUGGGCCGUGGGCGGGCAGCUACCAUACCUUCAACUCUGGGUCUGUUGAGACGGAGGCCAGAACGCCCGUGUGGUUCCUUGUUAUUGCGGGUCUGUUGCUCGGUGGUGGGUUUUGGUUCUAUGGGUUCCAUAUUAUGAGGGCGUUGGGGAACAAGAUCACGCAGAUGAGUCCGACGCGGGGGUUUGCGACGGAAUUGGGCGCCGCUACGACGGUGCUUCUUGCGAGUAGACUUGGGUUGCCUGUGUCCACGACGCAGUGUUUGACGGGUGCGGCGAUUGGGGUUGCGCUGAUGAACUAUGAUCUUGCGGCGAUUAAUUGGCGCCAGAUUGCGUUUAUCUUUAUGGGCUGGGUGUUGACGCUGCCUUGUGCGGGUUUGAUUGCUGGGUUGCUUUGUGUGAUGGCGUUGAAUGCGCCGCACUUUUAG